CAGACCAAUACAGACCAGACUUCGACUCGAAAUAAAACAAAGGGACAAUUGAAUUACUACUAAUAUACCUAAUUAUAUACCUUACAUACUUACAAAUUGUGUAUUUCUUCAAGGAGUGUGUUACAAAAUGCCGAUCCGUAAAUCUGUAGUCUUCUACAAUCGUGAAAAAAUUCGUUCUCAACUCGUUGACCUCGACUAUAUUCAGGCACGGCGACUAAAGGGACCCAUCUAUUGUGCUCUAGUGAAGGAACUGUAUGAAGAAGGCUGCAAAAUAGGUGCCGGGCACCUGAAAAACUUGGCGGAAAAAGAAGAUUUCUUCUAUGAAACUAAAGUCAUACGAGAUCGUGUUUGCGAUAAUGUAGAACUCUUAAUGGCGCUGUUUGAGAAUAUACGCGUCGCCGAGAAUGUGCAUAUACUUGGCCACGCACAGAGCUACAAAACGACCGCCAUGUGCCUUCAUCAGAUAAUUCAAUUGCUGGAACCUCACAAACUUAAAUUCGAUUGGCUGCUCGAGGAUAUAUAUAGUGUAAUAAUACCAAUCUGUGAAUAUAUUGAAAGCAUUGCUAAUCACAAUGCUGAGGAAACGAUUGCUCGCAUCUAUUUUAAAACCGCAAAAUUUCAUAGUUCAAGUGAAAACUCCUUACCAAAUGCAAUCAAGUUUAUGGAAAAAGCGAUGGUAUUGAGCCGAAAUGAAGAAUGGCUUUCAGACUAUAUAACCGAACGUGAAUGGGGUGUUUAUCCGACGUUGCACUUGGUGGCGGGACGUGAAUUCGCUGAAUUAUUGUUGCGCUAUGGAAGCGUUGUGGCAAAGAAAGAUGCCAAGGCUGCGGAGGAGUUGCUGCACAAAGCUACAAUAACCAUCGCUGAAAUUGGUGUAGAGAAGAAUAAAAUUCAAUACAUACGUGCGCUGCUGUCACGGACUCAAUACAUGUUGCAAUCGGAAGAUUUUGAUGCUGCUUCAAAAAUGCUGCUAAAAGUGCGGAAAGAUAUGACCUCGGGGAACGAGGUGACCGAUCUGAAACAGUUAUUUGAUCUAUUUCUAUAUGAGGGGAUAUGCUUAUGGAACUCCAAGGAUAAAAACGGUGCUAUUUUGAAACUGCAAAGAGCUUUAAAAUAUGGACUAGAGAGUGGUUCCAAAAGCAGAGAAGCCGAAGCGCUUGUGGCUAUAGGCAAGAUUCAUGCGGAAAACGCCUUAGAAAAAGGACCCGCUCGUCAGGCUUUCACACGUGCAAAGCAAAUUUAUGGGGAACUCGGUGACGUCUUGAACCGUAAGAAGGCCCGCUAUAUGUUGGCCAAGUUGAAAGCCGAUGAGAUAUUCCCAUUUUUCAUGGAUUUGCUUAAGGAUAGUAAGGAGCGAUUUUGUGGAUUCUAUAACUUGAGACAAUGGAAAAAUUGCUGCAAAGCGUUUUGGAAAACAAUGGGUGUUGAAUCAUUGGAAACUGAUGAAAUUUAUUGCCUGUUAGAGGACGAUAUUAAAGAUACAUUCGCUUGGAAAGGUGAUAUUUUCACUUGAAUACCAACAACACUUUCCACAUCACU